AUGAAGAUAGCAAUCACUGGAGCCCGCGGAGGCGUAGGACGCGUCUCCGUCAAGGUGUGCGCGGACGCAGGACACGCCACUGUGCAGGUCAACCGGACCAAGCAGCCCCCCACUGGCGACAUCCCCAACACCGAGAUGCGCACGGCGGAUGUGGCCAUGAACUACCAGCAAACCGUCGACGCCUUCCGCGGCUGCGACGCAGUCAUCCACCUGGCCGCCAUCCCCAAUCCGGUCAACAAGGAGGACUACGUCGUGCACAACAACAACGUCGACUCGGCGUUCAACGGCCUCCGCGCCGCCGCAGAGGUCGGGAUCAAGCGGUUCUGCUACGCCUCGUCGGUCAACGCCAUCGGGCUCGCCUUUUCCAACCAACCGCUACACUUCGACUACUUCCCUCUAGACGAAGAGGCACCCCGGCAUCCCACGGACUCGUACGCCCUGGCAAAACGCGAAGCAGAGAUCCAGGCUCAAGCGUUCGCCGAGUGGUUCCCCGGGAUGAAGAUCGCGUGUCUGCGGAUCCACGAGGUGUCACCGCUGGAACGGGUACAACAGCUCCACGAGAAGGACUGGGAGAAUGCCGGAGUGAAGCAGCUCUGGGGGUGGGUGAAUCCCGUGGCGACCGCGCGGGCGUGCUUGCUGGCCGUGGAGAAGUGCGACAAUUGGGAGGGAUGUGAGAUUUUCAACAUUGUUGCUCCCACGACUACGCAGGAUAUACCGUCAGAGGAGCUGGCGCGAAAGUACUUUCCUGAUGCGGAGAUUCGGGCUGAUAUGUCGGGUAAUCAGGGCUUCUGGACAACGGAGAAGGCGAAGCGACUGAUGGGAUGGGAGCAUUAUGAGACGGGAUAG